AUGGUCUAUCGCCUCAUCGUGACGUGGAGUGAUUCUGGGUGUCUUGCUGCGAACUACAUAGGAAACUAUCCUCCUGCAGGGUCUUCCGAGCUGAGAAGGAGUUCAACGUUUUCGGCUCCCCGGAUGCCCAGGUCAGCGAUUGCCUAUGGUGAAAGCUUAGCAGGCCAUGGCAAAGCUGCUAAGUGUGGAGAAAUUCUAUUGCUUGUACAUUAUGUAGAAGGAGAAGAAGCCCUGCACUGA